GAGGAUUCCAGUGACUCGGUGAGCAACGCUGAGCACCGACAACCUCCGAUUAGCAGGACGCUCAGCUGCUACGUACGGUGGUGCGAAAGAAAAUUCAACGUACCAUGUCCAUCUCGGCACUGCCGCUGCUGCUGCUGCUUGGGGUGGUGGGAGCCCAGCAGGAGAAGACCGUCUGCGCGGGCAUCAACGGGAUCCCCGGUCAGCCCGGAGCCCCGGGGCAGCACGGCGCCCCUGGGGCCCCCGGGAGGGACGGCAGAGACGGUGUUACCGGAGCACCUGGAGCCAAGGGAGACCUCGGGGCUCGAGGCUUGACUGGGGACCCAGGUCUGCCGGGAAAGCUGGGCCCUCUUGGCCAACCAGGGCUCGCGGGGACUCCGGGAGUCCCAGGUGAGCAGGGCGAAAGAGGCGAGAAAGGCAAGCGGGGAGAGAGCGGCGUGGGGCCCAGGUCGGCCUUCUCUGCGAAGGUUGGCGCUUACAAGCCGGCGGCCGGCUCCCCCGUGACGUUCAACGUCAUCAUCACCAACCCGCAGGGCCACUACAACCCCGGCACGGGGAAGUUCACCUGCGCUCACCCAGGCGUCUACUAUUUCACGCUUAACAUGCAUUCCCAUGAACAGUCCCUCGUGGUGAUGAUCAUGACAAACGGGAACAUCAUCUCUAAGGUGUGCGGUGAUAAAUACGACGCAAUAAGCGGCAGCGUCGUGCUGAGUCUCAAGGCCGGGGACGAGGUGUGGCUGGAGUUGGAGGCUCCAUACAUUCAUUUUCUGUUCGACGUACAUAGAGACUCGGUGUUCAGCGGCUAUAUCCUGUACUCCGAGUGAAUCGAUCGUUUUUUUAUCGGUGCGUCUGGGAAGACAGAUCAGGAACAAAUUCACAUGCACGCGCAUGCACCCCCUCCCCUCCAGUUUAAAUAAAGCUUUUGGGCAACAUCUCAGAAAACUGCUCAACAAAAAUCUGCAAAUAUUCCCAAAGCUGUGGUAAUAACUGUUAAUUUUCGGAUGCGAGAUGUUCUCACCAGAGGAAAAAUAGGCCCGGCUCUUUUUCUCAGCCACCUCUCUCCUUGCCAGCCAGGGUGUCUGGGCGAAUAUGAAUCGGUUAGACAAUGCAGAGAGACAUAGCCGCUUACACCAACUGAGAAAGUCCUGAAUCCUCACCAACUUUCCCAUCCGGCAUCGGCAGUGAAGAGGGAAAUAUUCCAAUUCCAGCUGAUAGCUAUGAAGGUUGCUCAUUUCUAACAUGGGAGUGAGAGGAGUUCAGAUCCAUUUUCUCUCCCGUGCAAUUCUCUCAAUAUUUUUAAUCGGACACCAACACAGAUUUUUAAACGCGCUUUGACGGCAACAGAAAUAAGGACAAUAACUCGAUCUGGAAUACUGAGAAUCUUAACAAGAUUUGGAAUGCAGUAACUAUGCCUUAGUUCGUUACGCACAAGGACGUGAACCAACUGUGGUGGAUAACAAUUUCUUGACAACCAAGUACAACCAACUAUUCAAACUCUCAGCGACAGUAAUAGCACGCGUCUGCAGAACCCUGCAGUUCUCCUACUUAACACAGUGACCGCGCGUGUCGGCAAUGACAGAACACCGCAGCGACUUACACAGAUAGAGACCACCGCGAGGACCGUUCGUACCAACCCUGACUUACACCUCCACUCCUGGGUGACGAGGCAACGCACCAGAAGCCCAGGGUACGCAAAUUCACCGUCGAGGUCGACUACAGCGUCAGGGACCCCCCCAGGACUCAACGGUAGAGCCGUACUCCCAAAAAUCAACGCAGAAUCAACCUCGGCCUUGCUUUACACUCACAACAGCGCUCUUAAUGGAUAUAUGCAGCGGCAGUCUCGGGAUUUGCUUUUGCGCUUCCAACAGCGCUCUGAGUGACUCCAUGCAGCGACAGUCUAGGGACUUGGCAGUCAAGUCCAACAGUGGUCUGAACAACUCAACGCAGCUGUCGUCUCGGUGACUGAGCCGUCUGCCCUGCAGUAACAGCUGGUCUUCUCCAGGAGUCCCUUUGUCGUGGUGAGUAGUCAUUAGGCGGUCAUAGAUACGAGUUUUGGUUGUUCCGAUAAGAAAGGUCAUGAAAGUGGAGGGUCGUAAGUCGAGCCAUCGCAAGUCGGGGGUCACCUAUACACACAUUUAGUUCCGCCCUCACAGCAUCUGUCAAUCAACUUGGCUCUUAUUUAACUUUUAAGUCCAAAAAGUAUUCAAGAGAGCCGUUUACAUAAGCAACGCACCAUCAAACAUUGAAAAGCGAACUAGCCAGUUGUUUUCAAAACCGUCAUAUAAGGGCGGUCGCUGAUUGGCUGAGAUCUGCCGAGUCCACUUACAUUUUUUUGUUAAAGCCAUUUUUUAUUGUACGAGGUAAGGCCCCACGGAGCUGCUUUGUAGCUCUUUUUCAGAAGUGACCAGGUGAUCACAAAUGAUAGCUCAACAAACUGGCAGCUUAUCGUCAUCACGUGGAAAUAUAAAGCAGCGGCCAAAUACGCCAAACGUGCAACGUUGAUUCUCAAUGUGGAGGGAAAAAAACCGGAGGUCCCGGAGAAAAAUACACGUGACCACAGGGAGAACAUGCAAACUCCAAAUAUACAGCAGUUGUCAUGGUCGGGAUCGAACCCACGACCUCCUGUAUACCUGACGAAGUAGUUAACAUCUCCUAGUUACCGUGGCACUUAUGGAGCAUUCCGAUUUGCCGAAAUUGGAAUUGGUGGGUCCACGUAACAUUGUAAAACACGUAUCGUUAAUCGAAAAUGAGUCAUGAAUAAAAAACUAUUUUGACCCUAUGAGGGAGGCUGAUCGGUAAUCGAAACAUUAUCAAUCGAUGGCAUUAUAAACUGAGGGACCACUGUAAUUAGUCCCACGGUAGGUCCUCGUGCUUCUCAAUCGUCUUGGCAUGGCUCCCCAACUCAAUACCUCUUGUCCAUGCUCCCCCCCCUCCCCAAGCCAGCUCCAACAAUUUCCGAAGCACUGCAGUCCGCUACAUAUUAGGAUGCCUUCAUCUGUUUCAUGGAUGUAUAUAUUCGGAGAGGAAUCCGGAGUGCCGAGAGAGAACCCCGCCAAUUGUUGUGAUAGGGUCAAAGUAAGAGUAAAAACAUUUGUUGUUGCGUACUUUUAUGAGUCGAGCCUAUCACGAAUGCUCAUUGAUCACAAAUUGAAGUAGGCUCUCUAAAACAACACCGUGAUGAGUCUAUUGCAGAACUGGCUCAGUCUUAGGAGAUGGAUCCCGAACGUGAGCUGGUAGCGAGCUCCAGGUGCUUGGGCUGGGGACCCCGAAACUGGGCUGGCCGUAUUGCGCACGAGGUUUGCAUGCAGCGAGUACAGCAGCAGGUCACCGCGAGCCGCGGAUCGUAGUCGGACAAGUCUACGCCUGUCCCAGACGGAGACACUUGGAGAUGAGCCCACUUUACGCUGCACGGCAAUAUCCUGGCGAGGCCAGGUGAUAUGGCGGACCUCUUGAGGGAAUGUAAUAAGUAUACCAGUAAAAACAAAGUUUUUCACUAUAAAUCCUUUAUAUGCGUGGCGGCGAGAGUCCUCUCGUCCUCUGGCUUGAGAUGGCUGCCACCUAUGGGUCAGAUGAUUGUCUGCAGUAUUAAAGAAUUGGUAAUUAAAUAUAUUUUUGUCCUAUAAAGUGUAAAAUUUUGGAAAAAAAUUUUUCACGAACAUUAAUUGUCACGCACAACGAGUCUGUGUGGAAAAUGUCAACUCGAUUGGAUCAUGGGAAGUGGGUUAAAAAACGACCGAAAGAUUUACACGGUCGUAAGCAAGCACGCAAGCAAGCAAACUUAAUAUAAAGGAUUUAAAAAGGGUAACUUUUACAACAUUCGCGUGAUUCAUUUCCAUAGCUCUGGAUUACAGGUGUGCGUGAAACAAAGACAACGAUCCCUCGUAUAUCCUGUAACAGACUGUUGGGGAAAAUUCUGUUAGCGAGCACCAAUGAAGGCCGGCACUGUGGCACACGAGGGGGUGGGUGGCCAACACUACGCCCGGCCGCCUUUGUCUCCCCAGUGGCGAUGUUAACACACCACACCAGAUACUCAUUUAAGACUAAGCCAACCUACGGGAGGCCCAGGAAAUGGUUCACAUAAUCAUCACUGGUGUUGGGAGUGAGCAGGAGUCGAACUUGGGUGGCCAUUUUCAAGUGUAGCGUAGCGCGCGAACUGAACAGACAUGACACACAAACACACCGACCGCCUGCUGUGUUCAGUUAUUGUCCUUCCCCCUACCCCCUGCACCUCCGAUAAACACGGUUGGUUAAGUAUGGUGCCAACGAAAUUCAACAUUAAUGCAUACACAGACUCACACAGAGAACCAUAGACUUACACAGAGACCCUUAGAAGUGGAACGUGCUGACCAUUAUAACGCGGAACGCGCACCGUUAUAACUCGGAACAUGUGUGCUGUUGUAACGUGGAACGUGAGCCACCGAUGCUGUAACGCGGUUUCUAGAAGUCGACAGGCGACGUACUUUCUCAAGACUGCAUGAUGGCUCAGCGGUUAUGGUGAAGCGGUAACGCGGAGUGAUGCGGUGACACGGCGAUGCUCGGCCCGUCGGUUGACGCGGAACUACUUUUUAAAAGCGCUCCUCCCACGUUAAUGUCCUAGUGCCCCAGCGUGUGGCGUUGAUUGGGAUUUCUCGUCGCGUGCUUCUGUACGCUGUUGAAAGGAAGGAGGAUUUUUUUCUUUAUUUCCACUGGGUUUUUCGUCUGCCAUAAAUAAAGGAUCUGUA